ACAUGAUUUAUUUUAAAUGUUCCAUAAUAAACAGAAUCAGUAAACAUGUCUUCACUCCGUCUUCUUCUUCUGGGACAAACAAAUCAGAACAGUCAUCUCUGUGAUGUGACAACCAAUUAUAUUUAUCAUCAGCAUCUAUCAGUCAGGGUCACUGCAGGUCGGGUUGAGGAUCACUUGUGAUGUCACUGUGAUGACAGUCAAGCCAAUCUAAUCAGGAUUAAGUGUGACAUGAAGUUUCGUGCAGUGCAACAGAAGAAACUUUACUCAUUAGUGUAAAUUACGCUUAAAGAUAAUAAAACAACUAAAGGAGAACAGAAAGUCGAAUAACUUUUAUUAUUCCAUCAUUUCAGUUGAACAUACACAACAGGUUUUAUAUCUUUGAACCCUGAGUCCUGAGGCUGAGUCACCUGACACUGUGAGCUCAUCAAUAUUUAAACUGCCGGUCAUUCAAAGUCUUUAGCUGUCAGCCAAUCACAGUCCAUCUGCACGGUCUGGUGUAGAGUGUGCUGGUUGUCCUGGAGACAUCCGGUGUGUUUUCAGUGUGGUGGUGGCGUAUUGAUGGCAUCCGGCAGAGCUGAAGAUGUUCAAUUUGCUCUGCAGAGAGCAAAGAAGAAGAUCAGCAGCCUGCAGCAGCAGCUGAGUUCCAGAGAAGCAAGUUCAGAGAGUCCAGUGGAGACCAAUCUGUCAACAUGGGUACCCAGCAAGGAGCUGAGGGACUCUCUGGUGGACAUGUACACAGCUAAUCCCAAAGUGAACGCAGAGCUUCGACAGCGUCUGCCGUCACCUGCAACUCAACAACUGAACAGCCCUGACAGACCUGGGAUCUGUCUGAAUCUGGACCAUACUGACUGGCCUCAGGCUACUCUGCACCCCCCAGAGCUACUGACUGCCUGCUCCCCCUCCUCUCUGACCCACAGGAGGUCUGUCUCUCCUGUCUCACUGUCAUCCUCCAGGCCUCCAGAAGGUGCAGGGCACAUGGAGAUGGACCCUACCCUCAGUCGAGGCCCUUCUCCUCGGGCAGAGAGCUGCAGGGACAGCCCUGAUGGAGGAAGAACAUCCAGGGGUCCUGGUCCUGGUAGUCCCACACUUAGAAGACAAGUGGUCAGCUCUGAUAACAGCUUUCAUCAGGAUGUCCUGUUUGGUCCAAUCACAGCAGCUCCUGCUCGACUUGAGCAAGACAAAAACAUCUCAUUUUUACUCAAGGAGCUGGACACUCUGAGAGACGUCAACAAGAAGCUGCUGGAUCAGCUGGUCCAGAAGGAGAAAGAGCUGCAGAGGAGGGAGGUGGAGGAGGAGCUGAGGGAGGAGCGGAAGGAGGCCCAAGGCUGGCAGAGAUCUGCAGUGGUGUUGGAGGAGGUGAUAGCGGCUCAGAAGGAGCGAGACCAGGCUCUGAUGUCACGACUUCUACUGGCCAAUGAGGAGAGAGACGAGGCUGUGCUUUGUGCACGCCAGCUGCAGCAAUCCUCAGAGCUGGACAGGAGUCACCUGGAGGACUCUGACAUGGAUGUUGACGAGCUUCUUCAAUGCGUUUGUGAUGCCGACUCUGUCCACGAAGUCGAACAGUUCGGUUCGGUUCUGGUCCACCGUCUAUGGUUGGUGAGGCAACGGAGGAUGGACAUCACUGCUCAGGAGAUGAAGGCUGUGAUGGAGGAGAGAGAUGGUUCUGUAACCAAGUGUAAACAGCUUGAACAGGAUCUGAUUCAGGAGAGAGAGCAGAGGGCGAGCCAGGAGGAGCAGUUGAAGCUUCAGAGAGAGACAGGUGGAGCUUUGGAGGUCAGUCAGCCACUGGAGGCAGAGCUACAGGUGCUACAAGGUCACAGCUCUCAGGACCUCCUUGCCCUUCCUCCCGUGUCACCCGGUGAAGGGGUCUCUCUGGCAGGUCAGGCCCCGCCCCUGCUGGUCCAGCUGCAGCAGCUUUCCAAGGAGAAACAGAAGGUGGAGGCGGAGCUUCAGCGCAGUCAGGAGGCAGAGCGAGAGGCCAGUGAGAGAGUCCGCAGGUUGGAGCGUCUGGUUGAGGUCCUGAGGAAGAAAGUCGGGACAGGAAGCCUGCGAGCAGUCAUCUGAUCGCCAUUUUAUUAAGCAUUUUCUGUUUAAUUGCUCAUUUUCUAAUUUUUCUAUUCCUCUUUUUUUCUUGAACAAAAACAUGAGCAGCUGUUCAUUGUUGUCACUUUACAUUGUUGUCUGUUACUUCAGUGAUGAAUCAACUGGAGGAUAUCUUACUUUUAUGAAACCAAAACAAAACAAAAAAUCUUUACAGUCUUAAAACUUUGAGUUUAGUUUGUAAAUGUUUGUGUAAUCAUGAAAUGUUUCCAAGAAGAUAUUUGACCUGAUCAGCUGUUCUGCUCCUCUCGAUUGAUUUUGAUGUCAGGUGUGGUUUUAUCAUAUUUUCUAAUAAAUGUGAUUAUAUCUGAGUG